UAAGAUGCACCAUAAGUGGAUAACAUACUCAUCAGUUUUCUCUACUAUAAAUAGAGGUUGAUCGUAAGCUUAUUUCUUCACACUUCACACACAUAUAUACAUUGAAAACUAAAGUAUUACUAGUGAUCAUGGCUAAGUUUGCUUCCAUCAUUGCCCUACUUUUUGCUGCUCUUGUUCUUUUCGCUGCUCUCGAAGCACCAACAAUGGUGGAAGCACAGAAGUUGUGCGAGAGGCCAAGUGGGACAUGGUCAGGAGUCUGUGGAAACAAUAACGCAUGCAAGAAUCAGUGCAUUAACCUUGAGAAAGCACGACAUGGAUCUUGCAACUAUGUCUUCCCAGCUCACAAGUGUAUUUGCUACUUCCCUUGUUAACUUAUGCGCAAACUCUCUGGUGGUUAGUUUUGUGUAAUUUACAUAAAAUAAGUCUGUGUCACUAUCAAUGAGUGAUUUUAUGACAUGUACCUGAUAUGUUAUGUUGGUUCGGUUAUAAUAUAAAGUUUUAUGCA